UAGCGGUACCGGAUCGUCUGGACCACCAGCUGAGGGACUGGCACUGCCCUCUCCCCUGGGAUCGAUGAGAAGAGGCGAGAAAGGCAAGGUGCCUGCAGGCUCCUGGCAUGAACUGGACAUGGAGGGAAGAGCUUGGCCUCUCCAGCCUGAGAGGUGAGGGGGUCAGACAGAAGGCAUCGCUGAUCCCCCAGGGCUGGGCGCUCGUAGUCCUGCACCUCGCCAUUGUGUUCUGGUGGAGGAGAUCGGCUCUGCCCUAUCAGCCAUGCUGCCCGGGGUCGGGGUGUUUGGCACCAGCCUCACCUCCAGGGUCAUCAUCCCUUUGCUGAAAGACGAGGGUUUCUCCGUGAAGGCUUUAUGGGGCAGGACGCAGGAGGAGGCUGAGGAGCUGGCCAAGGAGAUGAGUGUCCCCUUCUAUACCAACCGCAUCGACGACGUCCUACUGCACCAGGAGGUGGACCUGGUCUUCAUCAACCUGCCCCCUCCUCUCACCAAGCAGAUCGCCGUCAAAACCCUGGGGAUUGGUAAGAACGUCAUCUGUGACAGGACAGCAACACCCCUUGAUGCCUUCCGAAUGAUGUCGGCUGCCCACUAUUAUCCUAAACUUUUGAGCAUCAUGGGGAAUGUCUUGCGGUUUCUGCCUGCUUUUGUACAGAUGAAGCAGCUGAUCCAAGAAGGAUAUGUGGGAGAACUUCAAGUGUGCGAGGUCCAGGUCCACAGUGGAAGUCUACUGGGAAAGAAGUACAACUGGAGCUGUGAUGAUCUCAUGGGUGGUGGUGGACUGCAUUCUGUUGGUAGCUACAUUAUAGACCUCUUGACUUUCCUAACCAACCAGAAAGCAGUGAAGGUCCACGGAUUUUUGAAAACUUUUGUAAAGCACACAGACCAUAUAAAUGGAAUCCGACAGAUAACCAGCGAUGAUUUCUGCACAUUUCAGAUGGUCCUUGAAGGUGGAGUGUGCUGUACCGUUACCCUCAACUUUAACAUCCCCGGGGAGUUUAAACAAGACGUAACAGUUGUCGGAUCAUCUGGAAGACUAAAUGUAACGGGGACGGAUCUCUAUGGACAGAGGAACAAUUCCUCCGAGCAAGAAUUACUUUUAAAAGACUCCACACCCAUCAGCAAUUCCCUCUUGCCUGAAAAGGCUUUUAGUGAUAUUCCUUCUCCAUAUCUUAUAGGGACUAUCAAAAUGGUGCAGGCGGUACGGCAGGCGUUUCAGGACCAGGAGGACAGGAGAACCUGGGACGGCAGGCCGCUGACAAUGGCAGCUACCUUUGAUGACUGUCUUCAUGCUCUUUGUGUAGUGGACAUGAUAAAAAAAUCUAACCAGACCAGUGAAUGGCAGAAUAUAGUAAUUAUGACUGAGGAGCCUGAAUUAAGCCCGGCUUACUUAAUAAGCGAAGCGCUGCGCAGGAGCCGCAUGUCCUUGUAUUGCUAGCAUGGUAGAUGUUAGCAUUUGUAAAUGUAUGCUGCUCUGGUAUUUAUGUAUAUAGGCAGAUGGUACAGGUUUAUGCCAUAAGUUAAGCAUUUAUCUAUUACUGCUGUAGUCGGAAAGGAGCUGACUCUUUCCAUAGCUGACGAGCUAUGAACAUUUAUCAGAAUGGGAUAAAUAUCCAGGAUUAUAGCGCCUCAUUAAGCUUCAAGCUGUAGAAAUCGGUCAUCAUUGUACAUUUUCAAAGAGGUUGUUUUACAUAUAAAAAAAUGUGAAUUUCAAAUCAAAUGCUCAAAGUGGUCGUCUGAUUUUUAUAUUGAUGGCCUAUCCUCAGAAUAGGUCAUCAGUAGGUGAUUGGUGGGGGUUCAACUCCCGGCACCCCCAUGAUCAGCUGUAUGAAGACACCGCAGUGCUCUAAUAUUGCUUAGGCCUCUUAGGCCAGUCAUGUCAUGUUCAUCGGUGACAUGGCCAAGGUGCAGCUCAGUCCCAUUCAAGUGAUCCAAUGGACAGCACUGUGUUUGGCAAGCUACGUGGGGGCUGUGGUAGUUCUGGUGAGUGCCACAGCUUCCUCAAAGAGUUGAUUAACGGGGGUGUCAGGAGUCGGACUCCCACCAAUCUCCCACUACAAUAAAUGGAGAGGUGGUUAAAGGUCCAUUCACACGUCUGUAUGUGUUUUGUGGAUCCACAAAACACGGACACCGGCAAUGUACGUUCCGCAUUUUGCGGACCACAC